AUGGAAAGUUUGGAAAUGAGGAUCAGACAAGGACUCAGAGGGAAGGCUAUUAUUGAGAGGAUUGCUGACAGAAAUGAAAUCAGUGAUGCGAUGAGGGGAGGAGGUCACAGGAAGCACCGGCACUACAGCAACCCGCAACAAAGCGCCCCCUCACAGACCUGUUCCAGCCUCUUCGUGGCUCCAGCGAAGGGGAGCCGCUGCGGAGGAUUCUGCCCUUCGCCACCGGGCAGGAGCCUGGGGGGCGGGGUGGGGGAUCGGGAGGAGGAGCAAGAACUGCAGGAGGAAGGAGGACGAGAGGGUAUAAGAGACACAGCAGAGGCAAAGGCAGCGGCGAUGAGAGGAGGAGGAGGUGGAGGAGGAGGAGGAGGAGGAGGAGGAGGAGGGGGAGGAGGAGGAGGAGGAGGAGGAGGAGGAGGAGGAGGAGGAGGAGGAGGAGGUAGUGGUGGUGGAGGAGGAGAGGAGGAGGAAGAGGAGGAGGAGGCGGAGGCGGUGGCUUCUGUGGCAGCUGCUGAGGAUGCUCUGGCGAGCGAGCGCCGAAGACCUCUGGAACCCAGCCACAGCCAUGCUCAAGGCCCAUCUCCACAUGUUCGGCUGAGCCUCACGCAUGAAGGAAUCAACAGAGGAACCCAGCAUUGUUCACAUUACUUAGAAUCUGGAAACAACCUUAGUGCCCAAGAACAGACAACUGGUUAAAGAAACUAUGACACAUCU